AUGAUUCUACACAGAAAUGAUAACACCGACCUAAUAACACAAGGAGUGCACAGAAUCACAAUCUUGGGAGAAACCAAACUACCAAUGGACAAUGGUGGAAGUGAGGGCAACUUUGAAGCAACCAAAAAGGUGGUGACAGAAGUAGUCAAACCAGAGGCGCUAAUAAAUGGAUUCAGAGCAUGUGGACUAUACCCAUUUAAUCCAGAAGCUAUCGACUAUUCAAAGUGUUUGGGAAAGCUCAAUAAAGCUAUCGAGGAAAAUAAUUCUGAUCCUGUCAUGAUGGAUGGCAAGAUAUUCAGUAACUUUGUUGGAGGUGACAUAAUCGCUAGAUUCAAAUCAUAUGAUGCCAUUCUCAUCAAAGAAGGAUUCACUCCUGAAUUUUUAGCCCUCCACAGGAUGUGGAGAUACUUUGGAAACCCCAUUGAAACAGGGGUGGAGAAUGCUCUUGCUCAAAUAGAUACUGAGUUGAGUAAUGAACCUGAAAACUUCAAUCAUGAUAAAAGAUGCUUCGGAAACCCUAAGGAAACAGAGGUGGAGAAUGCUCUUACUCAAAUAGAUACUGACUUGAGGAAUGAACCUGAAAACCCCAAUAAUGAUGAUAAGACUACAGAAGGAAAUGAAAAUAAUAUCAAUUCAGAAAUUGAUUCGAUUACGAUGAUUGAACCCUCAAAGAGUGAGGCGGUCCAUGUAUUUGCCAAUGUCAUUAUUAGGAAUGUAGAUGAUUCAUCACGAACCAGUUCCCCUGUUUUUAUCACAGAUUCCAAUUGUAAAAAUUCACCUGAUAUUGAGACAAUAAGACAAGAAACUGAAAAUUCAGAACUACCUAAAGCUUCAAACGUGCAAAUAAAUAACAGCACUACCGAUUCGAUACACAAGAGCUCUAGUCCUGCAUCAGUGGGUAGAUGUAUUGAAGACUACCUCAAAAUUCCAGAUAAGCCUCAGCGUAAAAACAAGCGUCAAGUAGAACGGGUAUCUUUUGCUAUAACUUCGCGACUCUACCAAGAAAAUUUUGAGGCUAAAAAAGCUAUCAAGUUGGAGGAGGAGAAUAAAAAGAUUGAAAGGAAACGUAAAAGGGAAGAGAAAGCUGCAACUAAAACUAAUUUGAAAAAUAAGAAAGUUUGUAAAUCAAAUCAAAAUAAAAUAAAUGCAAUCUGUUCCGUUUGUAAGAAACGCUUAACCAAAAGUAAACACUGGACAUGCAACUCUUGCCAUAAGAAGUUUCAUAAUCUCUGCAUUCCAAAAAAACACAAAGAGCAUGUUCCCGAUAUAGGUGAUGAAGAUUUAUUUAUGUGUCAUAAUUGCUACGAAGAGGAAAAUGACGAAGAUAGUACCAUUAGUGAGGAGAGUUUUGAUGAUUUAAAAAAUGAGGGAGAUGGCUUUAGUGGAGAUCAAAGACUUAAGAUAGAGGAGCUGAUGAACUUGGCAAACAAUAAUAAUUGUUUAGCAAGCGAAAGAGAAAAAGAUACAACAAGAACUGACGACGCGCGUGAUGCGAACUUACCUGACGCAAAUUUGAUUGAAACAUGUCAAGAAGAAAAUCAAGAAAGACCGGAAAUAGAUGAGUUUUAUAGUGUGAAAUUAGUCAGUGAUGAUCUGGAUGAAUUAAACCCAUACGUUGAACAAAGUACUUUAGACGAGGAUCAAGACGCAGAUGAGCUUUUUACUAUGUAUAAGAAUGCUUAUAAAAAAUUCUAA